AUGUCUUCUCCAAUCCCCAAGUUCUCUGACCUUCCUCUGGACAAGAAUGGCCCACACCACAACGCCUGGGGGCUCUACGGCAAAGACGACCAACUCGGCACCCUAAACCGCCUCACAGACGACAUCGUCAAAGCCGCCGCCAGCGAAAUCCAAACCGGCACACGCAUCAACCUCGACUGGCCGCUCGACGCCCAAGCCGACGUCCCCUUCUUCGGCCGACAAGCCUUCGAGAAAAACGUCUACCAAAAACCACCUCGAAUCGUCAACGACGACGUCUGGACCUUCAACACCCAAUCCAGCUCCCAAUGGGACGGCCUCCGACACUUCGGGUACCAGAAAGAGGCGAAGUUCUACAACGGAGUCACACUCGACGAGAUCCACGGCCGCAACGGCGUGGAGAAGACGAACCGGAACGGCAUCGGCGCCUGGGCGGAGCAGGGCAUCGUCGGCCGCGGCAUCCUCCUCGACUACCACGCGUGGAGGAUCAAGAAUAACAUCCCGCACGACGCCUUCGAAACCGCGUCCAUCAGCGCGGAGACGCUCCAAAAAGUCGCCGCGGACCAAGGCACGGAAAUCCACUUCGGCGACAUCCUCCUCCUUCGCAGCGGCUACCUCGACGCGUACAACAAGCUCUCCCGGGCGGACGUCGAAGCCAUGCGUCAGAAACAGCCCCUGACCUUCACGGGCGUCGAGCAGAGCGAGGAGACGAUGGAGUUCCUCUGGAGCAACUUUAGCGCUUGUGGCGCGGACCAUCCGAGCUGGGAGGCGUGGCCGACGCGGAAGGAGUGGUCGUUGCAUGAGGUUAUGCUGGCGGGGUGGGGGAUGCCGAUCGGGGAGUUGUUUGAUUUGGAGGGGUUGGCGAGGCAGUGUCGGGAGGUGGGGAGGUGGAGUUUUUUCGUGUGCAGUAAGCCGGUUUAUGUUCCUGGGGGUGUUGCUAGUCCGCCGAAUAUUUUGGCGAUCUUUUGA